UCCUUGUUUUCCAACUCCCACCAUUCUAUUGUGUUGUUCUGUGCUGUCUGUGUUUCUUUCUCUCUCCAUUUUUUGUAUUCUCUUUCCUUCUCUCUGUGUUGCUGUUUCUCCAUUGUUUGUUAUCCUUUCUACAUUGUUUGUUAUCCUCUCUUAUCUUUUGGACUCUGUAUUUUCCCUUUCUUCGUUCCUUUAUUCCUGCCUCCAACAAUAACUAACUAUGCAUUGUCGUCAUCAUCACCAUUGUCCCGUGUUCACACACAGUUAGGGUUUCUCUUUGCUUGUUUCGUGUUUUCUUUUUUUCCAUUGUUAUAAUAGUUUGCUGGAGGAGUUGAAUCUCCGGCAGCCAUGGCCACCAACUUGCCGAUGACGCCUGAGCUGGAGCAGAUCCACGGUGAGAUCCGCGACCACUUUCGAGCCCUCUCAAAUGGCUUCCAGAGGCUGGAUAAAAUUAAAGAUUCCCAUAGACAAAGUAGUCAACUGGAAGAUCUCACGCAGAAGAUGAGGGAAUGCAAAAGGUUGAUAAAGGAGUUUGAUCGUGAAAUUAAAGAUGGGGAGGGAAGAAAUUCCCAAGAAGUGAACAAGCAACUCAAUGACGAAAAGCAAUCGAUGAUCAAGGAGCUAAACUCAUAUGUGGCACUUAGAAAAACGUACAUGAACACCAUUGGCAAUAAGAAAAUUGAGCUUUUUGAUAUGGGAGCAGGAGCAGGUGAACCUACAGCUGAAGAAAAUGUUAAAUUAGCUUCAGAAAUGUCAAAUCAAGAACUUAUCAAGGAGGGGAUGAAGCAGAUGGAUGAAACUGAUCAGGCCAUUGAAAGAUCUAAGCAGGUUGUACAACAAACCCUUGAAGUAGGCACUCAAACUGCUACCACCUUGAAGGGUCAAACUGAGCAAAUGGGUCGCAUUGUCAAUGAGCUUGACUCUAUUCAGUUCUCAAUUAAGAAGGCAUCCCAACUUGUUAAGGAGAUUGGUAGAAAGGUAGCUACAGACAAGUGCAUUAUGCUUUUCCUAUUCCUAAUCGUCUGUGGUGUAAUCGCUAUUAUUGUGGUGAAGAUUGUGAAUCCCAACAACAAAGAUAUUAGGGAUAUUCCGGGAUUGGCUCCUCCAGCUCAGACCAGGAGACUCUUGUAUGUAAGGAACAGAGAACAUUUUGAUUGAUUCCAACAUUAUUUGAAGAAAGAGUUUUCUCCAUCCUAUUCCUACCAACUUGAUUCUUGUACCUGUCACUAGGAGAGUAUUGCUCUUGAGGGGGCAUUCAUUUUGGUCUCUGUAAUUUGAAAUUUUUAGAAUUUCUUGCAUAUCCUGUUUGUGGUUCUGUACUUGUAUGUAAAUCACAGAAGAACAACUUUGUGCCAUGUUUCUUUUUUUAACAUUGGGAAAUCAUACGGGAUAGGAAAGAAACAAUACUCUACUAGUCUACUGUCAUAUAUGUCAUAUGUGGUGUGUACAUGUCUCAUUCAAAGGAGUAUUAUGUUAUGAAUAUUUCUGUAAUCUACCCAUUCAUCCUCAACAUUUUCUGUAGGAUCUGUUUGUAAAUUACAUGUAUUCUAUGUUAUGCUUGCGCUUGCA